GCCGAGGCGGGCAGGAGGGAGGGAAGGAGGGGGAAGAUGGCGGCGCCGGGGCGAGGGCUGCUGGCGGCGGGGCUGUUCCGCGGGCGGGUCGCCAUUGUCACCGGCGGCGGCACCGGCAUCGGCAAGGCCAUCGCCGCCGACCUGUUGGCGCUAGGUUGCAAUGUUGUCAUUGCCUCUCGUAAAUUUGAUCGAUUAAAAGCUGCAGCAGAAGAGCUCAACAACAGAUUGGCCUCCGUGAGUCCUGCCCAAGUGACCCCCAUGGAGUGCAAUAUCCGCAAAGAAGAAGAGGUAGAGGCUUUGGUGAAGUCUACACUGAGUCUGCAUGGGAAGAUUGACUUCCUGGUGAAUAAUGGAGGGGGCCAGUUUGCAAGUCCUUCUGAAGCCAUCCGUGCAAAAGGCUGGAAUGCUGUGAUAGACACCAAUCUGACAGGGACCUUCUAUUGUUGCAAAGCAGUGUACAAUGCCUGGAUGCAGGAACAUGGAGGAGCCAUUGUCAACAUUACUGCUGCCGUGAGAAAUGGCUUUCCUGGAAUGUCGCACUCAGGAGCUGCAAGAGCUGCAGUGGAUAACCUAACCAAGACUUUAGCUUUAGAAUGGGCUCACAGUGGAGUGAGAAUCAACAGCGUUGCUCCUGGACUGGUAUUUUCGGAAACUGCUGUUGCAAACUAUGGAGAACAAGGUGUAAUGAUGUGGUUAAAGAGCAUACCAAAGGUUCCUGCCAAGAGGUCAGCUGUUCCUGAGGAGAUCUCCCCUGCAGUAUGUUUCCUGCUGUCUCCAGCUGCAUCAUUCAUAACUGGGAUAACCAUGGUCGUGGAUGGUGGCCAGAGUUUGUAUGGCCAUGGCCUAGAAAUACCUGAUCAUGACAGAUGGCCCUCCCCACCAGAAGGAAAAAAUUCUGAAAUGCUGAAAAAGCUUGUUUCUGGCAAGUUCAAACCAAAGCUAUGAAAGAAAUUUUUACCCUUGCUGAUAAUCUCACUUUGUGAUUUGACCUUAUUCUCAGUAAUAAUUUAUUUUGCUCAUAUGUAACUUCAUUAAGUGCCUUGAUUUUUGUUGGUUUUAAAUAUAAACUUUUGAAAGGCUUUACAUUGUAUAUCUCUUCUCUGAAAACACCCUGAAAGCAUUCAGUCAUUUGGGAAGGGAAAAGAUACAAAAGACAAAGUAUCCAUUUGCACAGGCAUAAAGUAAUGAAGAAUCCCAGCCAGAAGUGAAUAAAAAGAAUACUUAUUUUGCGGUGAAGCUAGCCAAGGGGGAAUGUUUAGGAAUCCUUCUGUCCUUGAUGAAUUUGCAGAGAAGGUAAUUUAAAUCUUUUACUGUUACUUGCAUCAGUAACCCUUGGGUCAGUGUUAGCUCUACACUGUUUCUGUUCAGCCAAAUACUGAGUGUUCAACAAUGUUUUUGAAGACCAAGCAGAGUAAGUAUUUAUCUGAAAAUAAAUAAAAAUAAGAUGGAAUACUGUUAUUAAUAUUUCAAACAAAUAUGGCAUAUCAUAUUUUGAAUGUUUUGAAUUAUUUGCAGAUAUAAUGACAUAAUGGAAUUAAGCUGGCUGCAACUUAAAUUUGAUGACAGAAUAAGCAGAUAAUAAAUACAGUGAUGGAGAGCAGUAUAGAUUCAACAAUUUAACAUGCAAAAUCCAUGGUGUAUAUUGCAGUGCUCUCUGCAGUAUGCUACACGAGUAAAGGAGAAAUUUGGAAUUCUUCAUUUGCCAGCUAUAACACCUUUUGUACUUGUUGUCUUACAAUGUUAACAGAAUUUUUUUUUCAUUACUGUCUUCAGGUGUGGUUUUUGUGAACAAUGCAGAGAUGCCAUUUAAAAUCAGAAAUCUUGUAAUACAUCACUUAAAGGGGUUAUAUUUAUAAAUUUUUUAUUUGCUUUAAGGCAAAUGUUCCCAUGUCUGCUCACUUUAGUGCAAAUAUUAAAAAAAAGUAAUGACUGUGUUUGUUUGUUUGCUGUAAAAAAUGAAAUUUCUGGAAUCAAGUUGCUGCUUUAGAAGGGAACUUUUAAUACUUCAUUUUGGGCUGAAUGUAAGAGUCUGAUGUUGUUUGUUCUCUGCAAAGUUUGACUUUUGUGUCUUUCAGUAAAAUACUUGUUCUUA